CAUUUCAUAAACACACACACUUUAUUCAAAGACAAAGCUCAUAUCUCAUCAAACCCACCAACCAAAGCUUCUCAUAUAACGAAGGAAGAGAUGUUGAUGGAAGAAAAGCUUGUGGUUAAGGAGCUGGAGCAAGGGAAAGAGUUAGCGAAUCAGCUUAUGAACAGUUUGAACAACCCUUCCUCGUCUUCGAAGGAAUCAAACGAGGUCUUGAUCUCGGAGAUCCUCCAUUGUUUCGAAAACACAAUUGCUAUGAUGAUGAAUCUUGACAAGAAAGCACUUAAGAGAAGCCAUGAGAGAAGUGAUCAGAGUAACAAGAAGAGAAGAAUGUUGGAGAAGAAAAAGACAGAGAAAGUAAAUAUUUGUAUCGGAUCAGGACAAGAAGGAACUCUACUUGAUGAUGGUCAUUGUUGGAGAAAAUAUGGUCAGAAAGAUAUUCAUGGUUCCAAGAACCCUAGAGGAUACUAUAGAUGUACACAUAAAUUCACAAGAGGUUGCUUGGCAGUGAAGCAAGUUCAAAAGUCAGACACAAACCCUUUGUGCUAUGAAGUCAAGUACGUAGAGAGUCACACAUGUGAUAUCACUCAAUCAGCCACCAAACACUCUCUUCCUGUGUCCGAAGAAGCAGAACAAAAGCUACAUGAUGCAAAGCACUCUGAUGACACGGUCCAACACAUGAAGCCUGAAGAGUUGAUGUUAAGUAUUGAAGAUCUUGAUUACAAGAAGGAUAUUUUCAGGACGUUUUCAUUCUCAAAUCAUGAGAUGGAUGAUGAUUUCCUAGAAUGGAAAGAUCUGAUGGCGAAUCUAUCACCUACAACAUCAGAAUCUGGAAUCACCAACGAGUUUCAUGUUUCGCCAACGGAUGAUUCGUGUUUCUCUUCUUUGGAAACCCUUCUCGGUUCAACUCCCGAUUUGUCGUGGAUGUAAUUCUUAUCGUGUAGAACGUUUAGUUUUAGUCCUAGACUCCUAGUUUUCAAGUGGACGAACAUGAUUCUUCCUAUGUUUUUAAGACCAAUGUGGUACUUGGACAAAAUAUUACACAAUAAUCUAUGUGAUAUCCAUGGGACGUUUACUA